AUGCCGGGACUCGGUGCAGGCCCGGCUGGCGACGACCACCAACAAGCCUCGGCAACCGGGGUCAACAAGCAAGAACAAAAGAAUACCGUAGCCGUGUCACAACCCGGCAGCGUCCAAGAGCCGCCGGAGCUCGACGACUUCGGCUUGCCCAUUCGGAAGUACCAUGCCCCUAUGAUUGCCACAACAACAACAACAACAACCACAACAACACCACAACCACACGCGAUCCCGAAAGCAACGGCCUCAGUCAAGGAUGCGACGUCCACAAACGACGACGCCCAAGAUGUCGGGAAGACGACGGCGACAGAACGAAACAUGACAUUAAGCAGCAACCACGAUGACCACAAAUCCGACAGGCCCGGUCCGGACCGCGAGAACAGAAACAGCGAUGCGCAGGCGCCGCAACUCGCUUCGGGUGCUCGACACGAACAUUGUAAACAGCAAGGCGAAUCCUCGACAGCCCUACCGGCCUCCCGGAAUCCGAGUAUUUCCACUCCGAAAGCUCUGGAGAUGCCGUCCGAGCCUCCGUCAAAAGAGGCCAAGUCACCAGGCACCCAAGAACAUACAGUCGCGUCGGAGACAAAGCCGGUAGCAGUGAAGGAGCCACCCAAGUACCAAGAUUUGGCCAUAGCCGAAGUCAGGAAAGAUCAAGAGCUUUCUCCGGGCCAUAACCGCGAAAAUAGCACUGUCGCCAUGGGAGGCGCCGGGGCUCUUGGCGUAGCCGGCACGUCUGGCUUUUCCCAUCAACAGCUGACACUGAGCCAGCCCUCGGAGGAGAAGAAGAAAGACGAGGAUGAUGAAUGGCAGGAAAUGCCGGCAUAUGCGCCGUAUGACAUUUAUGAUGACGACAACAAGCUGAUCGCGCGGGAACACGACGAGUCAGAGGAAGAGAAGGUCCAGUACGCGGGACUAGGUGGCGCAGGCAAGGGAUAUACUAGGGUCCUCCUCGACGACGACGCCGAGUCCCAGACCAGCAUGGACGAGAACACCCAGUACCUCUUCAAAGACCCAGGAGGAGGCACAGGCGUGGCAGAGGAAGACGAUGUACAGCGCGAUGCCGUCAGUCAACUGCAAGCCACCAAGGAGUUACUCACGGAGGGCCAAAGGAUUGCCUAUGUCGGCUUGACGAGGUUGGAACUGUCGGUCAUGGUGAGGGAGGUUGACAAUCUUCAGCAGGGGAGGAGCAAGCCACAGAAGGAAGUCACAUUCGCCGCCGAAAGCAUGAAGAUGUGGAGUCAGAAGAUGAUGAUGCGCUUGUACUCGCACAUGGACAUCAGCCCGGCCGAGCAGAUCAUGAUCGAGCAGCUUGCUGCGCAUGGCGUCAUGCCCCAAGACCUGACUCCGGUGCUAAUGGCAAACGCGAGGGUCAGGAACCCGAUGGCUGACGAAGCGAACAAAAGAGAUUCAACGUCGUCUGCUUCGAAAUCUUCACGUCCCAACUCGAUACCCCCAUCCCCAGACUCGGAGUCACCUGCCGAACCUCCGCCGCCUUACUCAAUCGAUGACAAGUCAGAACUGGACGAGGCGGUCAGGAUGCCCUCGCAGAUGCCGACCUCGCAAAAGAUCGACAUUGAUCUGAGGUGGACGGUACUCUGCGACUUGUUCCUUGUCCUCGUUGCGGAUUCUAUCUACGACGCCAGGUCAAGAACCCUACUCGAGAGAGUCGCCAAGGAUCUUGAGAUUCCCUGGGUUGACAUCUGCCGGUUUGAGAAGAAAGUGACAGAUGCCCUGGAGAUGCAGCAGGCCGUUGAGAAGGAGAAUUGGAACGAGGAAGAGCACAAAGAGAACCGGCGCAAGAUGGCCCUCAAGAAACGUUACAUCAUGAUGGGCCUAGCAACUGUUGGCGGCGGCUUGGUUAUCGGCUUGUCUGCCGGCCUGCUUGCUCCGGUGAUUGGUGCUGGCCUGGCUGCAGGCUUCACGACGAUUGGUGUUGGCGGUACAACCGGCUUUUUAGCUGGCGCCGGAGGUGCUGCCAUUAUCACAUCCUCGGCCGCGGCAUCUGGUAGCAUCAUUGGCGUCCGUGCGGCCAACAGGCGAACGGGCGCCGUAAAGACAUUCGAGUAUAGACCGCUACACAACAAUAAGAGGGUAAAUUUAAUCGUAACAGUGUCUGGGUGGAUGACGGGCAAGGUGGAUGACGUCCGGUUGCCUUUCAGUACAGUGGAUCCAUUGAUGGGUGAUAUCUACUCGGUCCUGUGGGAGCCGGAAAUGCUGACCAGUAUGGGAGAUACCAUUAAUAUUUUGGCCACAGAGGCCCUCACGCAAGGUCUUCAACAGCUCCUAGGCAGUACCAUCCUGAUGAGCUUAAUGUCUGCUAUUCAGCUACCAGUCGUGCUCACCAAGCUCUCAUAUCUCAUCGACAACCCCUGGGCUGUCUCUCUCGACCGUGCCACUGCAGCUGGUCUCAUUCUCGCAGAUUCGCUUAUUGACCGUAACCUGGGAACCCGCCCCGUCACCCUUGUGGGAUAUUCCCUGGGUAGCCGCGUGAUCUAUUCCUGCCUCCAGGAACUCGCUAGGAAGGGCGCUUUUGGACUCGUCCAGAACGUCUAUCUGUUUGGCAGUCCCAUCGUUGUGAAGACGGAUGAAUAUCUCCGCGCGUGCGCCGUGGUUUCUGGACGCUUUGUCAACGGAUACAACCGCAAUGACUGGAUCUUGGGAUACCUUUUCCGCUUGACCAACGGCGGUAUCAGGCGCAUUGGAGGUCUUGCCCCCAUCGAAGGGAUUCCCGGGAUAGAAAACUUUGACGUUACCGAGUUCGUGGUGGGUCACAUGGAUUACCGUACGGCGAUGCCACGGCUCCUUCGUGAAUGCGGUUGGAUGGUCGAGAACGACGAGUUUGACGAAAUCGAAGAGCCAGAUCCAGAGAAUCAUCAGGAAAGACAACGCGAACUCAUUAAUGAAAUUGAAGAGGCAAGAAAGGAGAUCGAAAGAGAGGGGAGGGAAAGGUCGGGGAGCAAGAGCGGUGGUGCAUUCAGCUUCUUCAAGAAGAAGAAGCCAAAGAGGCAGGAAUGGGAAGUUUACGAAGACUCGGCCAAAGCGGGUGGCGGCGCCUCCGGGAGCGGUGGAAAGACGGAGGACAAGGACGGUAAUAAUCAUGGCGUACUCUUCGAUGUCGACGCCAUCCGCGCCGAGCUGGCCAAGGAAGCCAAGGAACAACAAAAGAAGAGGGUUACCUCACAGAACGGCAGCGGCGGCAUUAAUGAGGAUAUCCUCCAGGUCAAAGAAAUCAAGAGUACGCUGCCGCCCAUGCAGCUGAAGGUGCCGCCUCCUCUCGGCCCGCCAGCGCCUGUAAUAAAAGGCUCGCGAGACCACCUGAGAGAGACUAGGAGCGCCAGCCUCGGAGCGGUUCCUCCCUAUCGCGGAUUCUCGAGCGUCGAGUACAACAACAGGCACCAGUCCACCGUUUCGUUAUCGAGCGAUCGCAAAGAGGAGAACGUCUGGAACUCACCACCACUACCACCAUCAACAACAAGCUCCUCCCGUCGAUACGAUUACAGUGCCGGCCAUGCAAAGAGUGGGUUUGGGGCAGAUGAAUAUGGCUACAGUGGCGGUGGUCGCCAGCACGACGAUGACGGCGAGAUUCAAAUGACUUUUGACACGGCGUUUGAAGCGUCUCCUCCUCCUCCUCCUCCUCCUCUUUCCAAGCCAAGUACUUCUUCAUACGGAAAGUUAAGCUCAUCGGGCUACGGGAAUUCUUCCACCUCCGCCUCAACCCCGGCGAGACCGGAGAUCAAGUCGGUGCAUACGGUACCGGUUCUUCCGGCAGCUAAUAACCCGUGGGCUGACUUUGAUGAUGACGACGACUUUGGAAAGGAGAAGGAGAUUUCGAUGACGUUCGCUUAG